AUGCCAGCACAGGACUUGGAUAAGUCCGCAGAUCCGGGCAUAAUGAAUGUGCUCUUCGAGGCACGACGCAUUCGCAAUAGCAGCUCUACAUCGAAGCGUAGUUCUUCUCGGGUUUCCGUUUCCGAUGUCAAAAAGGUUCGAUCCAAGGAGCAACUAUUGUUCGUGGAACCACCGAAGCAUGCAAAGCGUGUGACGUUCAGCAAGCAACGACCUGUGGUGCAAACCACAGUUAAGGAUACGGAAAUGCAAACCGGUCUUACAUCAUGUUUGAUCACAAAUCCUACGCUAGAUCCACGUAUAGAAGGGGGUGCCAAUAAUCCGGCGGAGCGCAAAGUCGGCUGGUUGGCGCGCACAGACAGCGAAUGUCAAUUUAAAGCGCCAGGCAUUGAUUUUCUUACGGAUCGCGAUACAAACGUCAUCACCUUUGAGGUGAAGAUGCGAGAUUCGCUGCAGAGCGUCAAGGAUUACACAACCAAAUGCGAUUACUUUCCUAAAUUUGUGGACAAGCGACCCUACAAGGAUCAGGCAACACAGACAUUGUAUAGGGAAUCUUCGGCUCAGACACUUGCCUAUUUGCCCGAGAUUAUUGACAAGGAACGGGAUGAGAAUUUGGAGAUAUUUAACUUGGCCAACCUUCUGCCGGGAGAUAAGCCACCGGGUCUCUAUGAGGUGGAGAUUUUGGAGCGUGCCCGCAAGCGCUGGGCCUUCAACAAAGCUUUGAAGACAAACUUUAUGAAGCAACUCCAUGAGGCGAGGGAAAGUGUAAUUAAAAGCAAAUACCGCCCUAUCCUGGAGGCCUUUGAGUGGGAGCAGUGGAUUGAGCGGGAGGAAUACAUACAGGAGUGUCAGAUGAUGCGACUGGAGAUCGUCAUUCGUAUGUUCGAUAAGCGGGAGAAAGAGAUGCACAAUGCGUCCAAGACACGUAUCGAAGUUGCCUGCGAGACAAUUGAGAAGCGUCGGCAACGUGGUUUGACCAAGAAUGAGAUUCAAUAUCAACGUGCGAUGCGACGACUUCAAAUCGAACACUCGGGCACUUCCCGUCGCUGGAAGAAGCCGAGUCCCAUGCAAGCCUUGGGCUCACCCUGCUCCGAGUUCUAUGGUCCUCUCAUACGCCAUGGCGUGGAUCCUGCACGUCGUAAUUUCGUGGGUGAUGGACGCAAGGCCUUCGACAUGCGCAUCGAUAAUCUGGAGAAGCGUGUCGAUAUGGAUAAGUUGGAGUGUCCAUUUACCAAACUUAAGGAAUGGUCGAAGCCUAAGGAAUAUGUAAAGGAAUAUGAGCAGAACUUCUGCUCAGAUAAGCAUCUACAGAAACUCUAUGAAUCCCUGAAGAGUCUGAGAUCUCAAGCAACCAAACAGAAGACAGCUCCCAAAUGCUUAAAACGCCGACCUAAACCUGUUUCCGAGGUGGAUUCUCGCAUCAGUUACAACUACGAGGACGUGGACGCCACAGAUUUCUUCAGGGAUCGCGUUCGACGAACAGAAGGUACAGAAGUAGCUCGACACGAUGAUCUAUCGCCCGAACAGCUGCUGGCCAUACAAAACUUCCUCGAGGAUGACGAGAGGCGAAAGAAUUCUCCGGACAUUGCCAAACAGAUGUUGGAGGAACGACGUCAUGAGGAUCUGGAGCAGAUGUUACACAUGUACGAAGGCAGCACCAUUGGCUGGAUUAUGCAAUUCCUAUCGGAGGAAAUGGAACGCUUGCAGGAGCAGAGAAAACUCCAUUUCUUUUCGAUACUCGCUCAGAAGGAACGCUGGCGACGUGAAGCCGCCGAGGCGGGAUUACGACAAAAGGAGAACAAUAUGCGACUGCUCUACGAGGACAUUUUCCAGCAGAGCAAUGUGGUUCACAGUGAGGUGGCCGAUGAGUUUAUCAACACCAUUUUAACCACGGAUAUGGCCCACAUCGCCGAAUGCGAUGCCGCCGAAGCAGUUGGCAAAUUGGCCAAACAAAUCGAUGCGGAUAUUCAACGUUGGCUGGAGAGCUUUAAGCUUAUCCAAACCCCAUUGACCUAUGAACCUCUGCGGGAGGUAUUACGUGCCAUGGUCUUUCCCGAUCUAAAUACAUUGGUUAUCAAAUACGAGAAGACUUUGAUAGCCAAGUAUAUCAUCGAGGAUGUGAUCUUCCCACGCAUCUGGGAUGAGUUGGAGAACUAUGACAUAGCUAGCACUUUGGCCAGCGAUCUGAUUGAUCGUCUUAUCGAUAACGAUCUGUACUUUUUCUCCACGGAAAGUGAUAGUGAUACGCCACAUCACACAUCCUAUUACGAGGUGAAGGCAAUUUUAAGAAAAGUUAUUCGUCGGGCGGUGCCAGGACGUCGAUGGAAGACUGAAACUGAGCUUAUUGCCCACGAAACCUACAACAGUAUCCUUGAUGAUGUCUUUGAUGGAAUCUUAGAAAAAAUGAACAUGGAACCCGCUCCCAUGGAGCCAGUUCAACUACAUCAGGCUUUCUCACGACCCCUGAUAAGUAAAACAGACAAUAUUCGCGAAUUAGAGGAAUUGAAGGUAUUGGAAAGAGCUAAAGCGGAUUCUGCUGGAGAAACGGAUUUAGAGAAUAUUGUACUUCUUCGCACUCAAGUCCUUUCAUUGCUCAAGAAAAUGAAGGGCGAUAAAAUAACAAAACCUCUGGAAACCGAUGAGAUAUACCAGGGAGACGAUAUAACGAAGGCGGAGGAUGAUAAGACCGAUAAAUUUGUUCAUCGUCAUGUCUUCAAUGAAGUUGAAGCUGAGAAACUUCACGAUGAGGAAGAUAUCUGUAGUAUACAAAGUAUUAUGGACAUAUUAAAGGAGGAGGAUUUCGGACUUCUUCGGCAUAUGAUGAAAAAGGAUCAGGUUAAGGAUUCGUCAAGCACAUUGACAGACAUUGGCGUCGAUUUCGAUAAUCAAGGAACACAGACCAGACAGGAAGAUCAGCUUAUUGGAGCAUUUAAUGAGCUAAUUUACACCGAAGGCUCUGAGGAGAAUACGGAAUAUGAGGCGGAUGAUGAACGCAGCUUGUGGAAUCAAGGAGGUGAGGAGGAGGAAAUGAUUGGAGAGGACGAAGAAAACGAGAGCGAAUUGGAAAAGGAACUAUCGAUAGAACCAUCGAAGGUACCAUCAAAGGAACCAUCAAAGGAACCGUCAAGUGAACCAUCAAAGGUACCAUCAAAGCAACCGUCAAAUGAACCAUCAAAGGAACCAUCAAAGGAACCAUCAAAGGAACCAUCAAAGGAACCAUCAAGGAAACCAUCAAAAGAACCAUCGAAAGAACCAUCGAAAGAACCAUCGAAAGAACCAUCGAUAGAGCAAUCCAAAGAACCAUCAAAAGAACCAUCGAUAGAGCCAUCAAAGGAACCAUCAAAAGCACCAUCGAAGGAAUCAUCAAAAGAACAAUUGAAGCAAAUAUCAAAAGAAGGUUUAUUGGAUGAGAACAAAGUCAAAUCCGAUCUAAUGCAACAGAAAUCCAGCGUUUUUCUUAUCGAUCAGGAAGAUGAUGAGAAACAAAUUAAAAAGGAUACUCCGAGUACCUUCUUCGAUGCCAGGGCUGCAAAGAAAAGCGUAAUUGGCAGUAAUUACGAUCUGGUGGCAACUGUCGACACAAAUAACCCGAAAAUGAACACUGAAGAGAAAGUGGCAGAAUUGCCAACAACUGGAUCACAUCGCGAGUAAAACCAAAUACCAAUUUAAUGUAAUUUGUUAAAGAUGAUUUUAAAUUAAAAGUUACUUUAGUUAUAUGCAACCA